AUGGAGAAACACACUCUCCUGAACGAGCAGCGAGAAAGCGAAGAAACGACUGCAGGGCGUAGCAGCUAUCAUGACGAGACAGACUCAGUCGAAUACACCUCCGAGGUGAUCACCAAGCGCAAAGCCCACCGUAGCCGCAUAUGGUCCGUUAUCGGCAAAGCAGCUCUAGUCCCAGCCGCCUUUGCCAUCUUCUACCUCGGUCGCGCAACCCACGACAUGACCCCCUCACGGCCUCCCGAGCCCAUCUCUCUCGGAAAAUGCUCGCCGGAUUGGAAAGAGUCGAAAGCCCGAGGCUGCGUCUACGACUUUGUCCUCUCGACGUGGAUGCAUCCGAAAUGCUUCAACGAGGAGAUGCACGAGCGGUACUUGGGCUACAUGAAGUGGCGGAACACGACCUUCUGGUACGAGCGGGAGCGAAUCAACGAGGUGCCCUUUGAUGUGGCGGCCAAGGGGGAGCAUGGGGAGAUUUUCACGGACGGGACGGUUCACCACAUGCACUGCAGCUACGUGUGGGACAGGAUCACGUAUGCUUCGCACUUCAAGCCGAGAGUGUUGGACUCGCUGUGCAGAGACCCCAAGCACGUCGAGCAUUGUAUCUUGUACAAUGGCAUUCCUCAAUCUUGGGAGAUUGACCUGCCGAACAUUACGAGGGUGUACAACGAGCCUCAUGAGGUGGAUUGUUUGAUUGGAUGA